AUGCCUUCUCUACAGUCCCCGACCACCUCUCCGUCAAUCGACGAAAAACAAGCGAUUAUCGAUCUCAGGUUAGUUCGGGCCUUGAGCUCAGCUUGACAGAUUUUGCUUCAGGACCGUGAUUCCUGAGAUCGAAAGCCUACAGGACGGUUACGUUCUGCGGUGGCUGCGAAGCCGUCAGGGCCGAUUCAACGACACGGUCGAGGCUCUGCGCAAACACGUCGUCUUCCGCAAUGCCUGGCAGCUCGACAAGCUCGCCCAAUGGGACGCUCCUGAGGUCUUUUCGAUUUGCUUCUCGCAUCUCUUGAGUCUGUAGUUCUCAUCGAUCGGAUCAUUCGUUGUAAUGAGAAUCUAGAAGUUGCCUUUCGCUCUGGGAAAGAUUUGAGAAAAAAAAACAACAAGCAAUGUGCUUCUUCUUCCGAUUUCAGUACUAGAACUCAGUUUUUGUAAGCAAAUUUUUUGAGGGAUCAAUAAGAUUAUGAGGAACGGAUCGAUUUCGCUUCAGAAAAUUAAUAAAAAAACUAUAUUUUUGUAUCUUUAUUUAUUUUUGACCUUGAAUCGAUUCCAUUUUUUCCCCAAACUUUGGAGAACAGAUUCUCGAAUAGCCUUGACAUAAUCACAUUUGAUAAUCGCUCAAACUAUCACUAAAAUUUUUCACAACUUUGAAUAGUUUUUAUUUUUUUAUUCCUGUUCGUUUUUUUCAACAGAAGACCGAAAUAAGAGAACUAUAAGAGUUUUGAACGAAUUAUAUCAGUUUAUUGAUUGCUCGCACAUUGUUAUAACUUGAUCAUUUUUGAGAUUUCGCAGUUCAAUUUUAUAUACAAAAAGGGCUCGGGCAAUGUCGGAAUUAUGGAUAAUGGCCGUUAAAAGAGAGGCUCAAAAAGACCGCAGAAAGGCAACAAAAAGAAUCCCUUUAUCGAAGCCUUUCAAAAUAGAGCCACCCUAAAACGAACAUGAUUUUUUUUUAUGAAGCCUUUUUCACCCUUGAGAAAAUUCUGGCCGAGCAUAGCCCAACGUGUUUUUCUCGUUCGAUUCUUGCCUGUCGAUGUGCCGAUCAAGGCCGCGAGUACCACGCGAUAUUUUCAACGGUGCCGAAAACGCGUCUGACACCAUUAGAUAGCCCAAAUUUUGCAGCGAAUUUUGCUCUUGAAGUUCUAGGUAUUUGUAGCAAGACAAAUACAGUUCACGAUUCGAAAAAUUCCAGUGCCUCGAAAAGUACUGCGGCUACGGCUUGCUGUCGGACAACGAGGGUCGACCGAUUCUGAUGUCCCUGUUGGGAAAUGUCGAUGUCGAAGGCAAGUGAUAAAAUAUGGCUGUCAGAGCCUCUGAAUGAUCGUUUUACACACGUAUUUGUAAUGUUUUGAAGCUGGCUAAUGCACAUUUAAAUCGUGAAAGCCACAGGUCUAUUUUUUUGGAAAGCUCUCAUAGUACCUCAUCUGACUUCCCAGAAAAAAAAUGGUGAUAUGUUUUCUUCUUCUUUUCAAGAAACUGGGAACUUUUGCGGGUUUAUAUAGCUGAUUCACGGCUGGCUUGAGCCAUCGAAAAAAGGGUCCUGACACGAUAAUGCACGAGAUAGCGCCUGGCUCGUGGAGAGCGCAGACAGUACACGCCCCCUUAGCGUCCCAAGCUGGCCGUGAAUCAGCUUUACUCCAACAGUUCCUCACAGGGUCUUUUAAAUAACGUUCGAUGACAUUGAGCGAAACUAAGUGUCUCCUGGAUUUAUUUCACACUGUCCGUUUUUUUAUAAAUUGAAUCAAUCCCUAUAGGGGAUAGGAAGGAAACAACCCCUGAAGUGGCCGGAAAAAUGGUUCCUAUAGGAGUAAAGCUAAGGUGGUCGGUGGUCUCUAUAGGGGUUUUGGGUAUGAUCCUUAAGCUCAAGUGUAAGCUGAGGUUGAUCCCUCUGAUCUCCUUCUUUGUUCCCCCUUCCGAUGAAGACAGUUCCAACGAAGAAUUUAUCUCAAACUUGGGUAAUUAAACCAUAUAAAUAAAAUAGAACGAAACAAAAUAUAAAUUACGACAAUAGAUAUAAAAUCGUGAAAAAGGAGAAGUGAAAAGUGGCAACGGGGAAGAGACCGAAAACUGCGGGCGACUGAACGCUGGGUACGGGGUUGCACAGUUCUGAGUCAGCGCGUCUAGAGUGGUACGGGUUGCGGCUGGCCAGAGGAGGGAGCCCCAAAAGAAUUGAAACAGGCCAGAGACGUCGAGGGAAGGCCCUUUUCCUCUUUGGAGAGUGAAACCAGUCUCGUUAAUAACGGACGGUCUUUUGGCUCCUUGAGGGGACCUUUAUCCUCUUGUUCGACGUCUUUGGUCUGUUUAUAUGAUUGGUUGUGAUUUGAUUCACAACAAAGUGGACUCUAUAGGGGUCUUACGAUUUCAUUCAAAAUCGCUUAUUCAUUCGAUUUUUCCCAUGAAAAUGCUUCUUCACUUAGUGUUCACAACUACCGACUGGAAUGUCCCCUAUAGGAGCCACUAACUAAAACCCCUAUAGUGGAUAAUUUUGAAAGCUUUAGGGGACCCAAUAGGGUUGGUGUUAUCCCUAUAGGGACCACUCUGAAGUUCCUAAAUCAAUAUGAAUCGCUUUCAUUCAAAAUUUAAAAAGAAAACUUUUUUAACGCGGCGUUUGCAGGUCUUCUGAAGUCCGUGGCGUCCCUCGACUACAUCAAGUUUUCAUUGGCCGCCAUCGAAAAAGGCCUCAAAUUAUGCGAGCAAAAGGCCCAGGAGGUUUUUCUUCUAACUUCAAUUUUUUUUCAUUUUGUUCUUUUUUUUCGGAGCUUAUCAUAUGAAUGAACUUCUUUGAACUUUCAAAAAUUACUUUGUUGGAGCUGGAUUGAUUCCUCUUAGCAAAAAUCAAAAAUCAAUCAAUAAAAAAACGUAAGUCGAAAAUUCAAGCUAUUGAUUUUAAUCAAACAAUCAAUAAAACUAUUUAUUUCUCCGGCACAAAAAUAGCUGAUUCACGGCCGGCUUGAGCCAUUGAAAAAAGGGUCCUAACACGAUAAGAAAAGAGACAGUGUCUGGUGGGUGGAGAGCGCAGACAGGCCACGCCUCUUUGCGUCUUAAACUAGCCGUGAAUCGGCUAUAAUAAAGUGCACGGGAUAAAUGUAGGAAAAGACGUAUUUUUGCAGUCUGGAAAGCCGUUCGAGCAGAUGAUGGUGGUUUUCGACCUGGAGCACAUUUCCUCGGCGCAUUUCUCGUGCCGACAGUUCGCCUCGUCGUUCACCACACUGCUGACUCUCUUCCAGGAGCAUUACCCCCUGGUGCUUCGGAAGAUCCUCAUCAUUCGGUAAGUCUACUCCGAGGCCCGCCCGCAAAUCUUUCUGCAGGGCUCCCGAGAUGGCUCGCAUCGCCUACGCUUCGAUAACCGCCAUUCUCUCCGAUCCCAUUACCCGACUCAUCGACAUGCCCUCCGAAGUUCUUUUCCAAGCUUUUAACGUCAUAAUCAAAUUUAUCAGGCUGACUGGAAGUGGGCCUUGGCGCAGCACGUCAACCUCGACGCAUGGCCAAUGUACUGGGGCGGUAACCUGGUCGAGAACGGGGAUCCCAAGUGCCCAAACAAGAUACGGUAAAUCUCCGGUAGAGAGCAAAGCAGCUAACCGUAAUUCAGCUAUGGCAUGGGUCCAGUGCCAGACAACUAUUACGUCGAUGCGAAGAUGGCCAUGCCGGACUACGACCAGCUGACGACCGUCUACGCAGGAGACAAACAUCUUAUUUCCAUCAAGAUCAAGAAGAACAGCCGAAUCACGUGGGUGUUUCUAACUGACAGCCAGCCGGGAAAUAUAACUCUUUUUACGGCAGAUCAGAAAGUACUCUAGCGAUUUCCAAAGAAUUACAGAUAGCCAAAAAAAAAAUGGCUUUCCUUGUAUUCAACCGUUCCCUCAAGCGACCUAGAAGAACUUUUUUAAACAGUUUCAGAAGAAAUUUCUGCUUCGGGGAAAAUUUUUAGUGAUCACUAUAGAGGGUCCCCAAGGGCUACUUGGAAAGGACACUAAAGUGGCCACUAUGUUUUUUGCUUGUUAGUAGCAACUUUAGUAGUUUUAACCAUCUAGUAUUACUACUUAAACCUCUAUAGUGAACACUAAUUUUUAAUCCCUAAAGUUGCCACUAAUUUGACAAAACCCUAUAGAGGUCACUGAAAGUUUUCCCAGAUUUAGUCAAUCUUUCCCUCCUUGAAAGGCAAGGGAGGCAGAGAAGGGGGAGGGACGCGUAGCGUGCGCGUACGCGGUUCUUCGCACGAGUUCAAUUCAAGCGCCAGCUACUAUUUGUAAAGCUCGGUCAUUGGUUUUUUUUGUAACUAUUCUACUAUUUUAAUGCGAUAUUGAAAAAAUCAAUAAAUAAUUGAAAAAGAAAUGAAAAAAGAGCUCUACUGGCGAUUGAAAUGGACUCGUGCCGAAACCGCGUACGCACACGCUUCGCGUCCCGCCUUUCAAGUUUAAAUCGAAUUGUGUCCAAAGACAGAACUAUUCCGAAAGUUUUCUGCAAACAAAUUGUACAGCCAGAUGUUCAGAUGGCAGUACAUGACAGACGAGGACGACAUCGGUUUCGAGAUCCACUACGACCCCUCGAUGGACUGCGACAAGCUCUCCGACAUGGAGACCGUCUUCCCAUACAUCCGGCUGGAAUGCACACAUGUUCCAGUCGCCGGUCACUUCGACGCCAUUCGGCCCGGCUCGUGUAUGUUAAACGAACCUCCCCGUUGCUACUCAGCUCGAUUCAGACAUCAUCGAGUUCGACAACUACUACUCCUGGUUCUCUGCAAAACAGCUCCGCUACAAUAUCGAAAUCGAAGAGCUGUGA